AUGCUAAGCACUGUUUAUUCUUAUACCUCUACGGCACCGCUCUAUUCUGUAAGCUGGAGCAAGAGAACUGACAAGCCUUUACGUGUUGCAGCAACAUCUUUUGUGAAUCAAAUCCGUAACGUCUGUCAAGUCUUUACAAUCGAUGACGUGAAUUCAAAACUGAUCAAAUCGUGUGAAUUUGAAGUCGAGUACCCACCCACGAAAGUUCAAUUUUCUCCUGAACAAUCCACAACAAAGGACCUUCUCGUGGUUGGUGGGUUAAAGCCGCAGAUAUUGGAAAUUAAAAACGAGGUUAUUUCGAGUGUCGCGACACUCGGGAUGGUGACGGAUGUGCCUUCUCCGUGCAGUUCACUUGAUUGGAACUGCACAAAACCAGAUUUACUUUUGACGUGUUCGCUCGACUCAACAGUAACACUGUGGUCGGUCAGUUCAUGCAACUCAAUUAAAAAGUUGAUUGCACACGAAAAGGAGGUAUACGACAUUGCUUUUUCGGACAACCCCGACGUUUUCAGCACUGUUGGUGGUGAUGGGUCGUUACGUAUGUUCGAUUUGCGAUCACUUGAACACUCAACGAUUUUGUAUGAGACAACAAACUUGGUUCCUCUUCUCCGGUUAUCUUACAACAAAUUCGACAGCCACUUUAUUGCAACUUUUUCGUCAGACUCGACAAAAGUGAUUGUUAUCGAUACGCGAAAACCCGCAGUGCCUUAUGUAGAGCUUUCACAGCCGCACAGUUUGGUCAACGCAGUGUGUUGGAGCCCGCACUGCAGCACACACCUGUGCAGUGCGUCGUCUGACCAAAAGGCUUUGCUGUGGGAUUUAUUCCCUGUUGAGUCUGGUGGACAACCACAGAUGUUCCAAUUCCAAAUUGACAAACAAGUCAACGACAUAUCCUGGUGCCCUUUAGACAAAAACCUCAUUUCGUUCACAGCUGGCAAUCAGGUGUAUGUUGUCGAGAUAUAA